UCUUGCAGAAAACAAUAAAAAUUAAUUAUUACACUUUGCUCAUCCAUUUUAACUUUAAGUUUUAUUAUCUGCACCGAUUAUAAAAUGUAAAGGAAAGAAAAUUGCAAAGUCAAAUGAAAAUAUUUAAUUAAUUACAUUUUCAUUUUUGUCUUUUUUAUUUUUUGACUUAGAAUUAGGUUAACUGAUAUUAACAUAGAAUGGUCUUGAAAAUCAGAAAAUGUAUCGCAAUAAAUACUUAACACAUGCAGAAACAUUAUGGACCAAGCAUUAACUUGUCUUCUAGGACACUGAAUUAAUUAAAAUUAUUCACUUGUAUCUUGGUUGCAAAUGUGCCAUACAUAAAACUGUGUCAAGUCCAGGAAAUGGCGAUGAUUUGCUGACAAAGGGAACUAACGGAAUCAUGUGAUCUUCAAGGUAGAAGUGUAAAUAACAGUUAACUCUGAGUGAGUUUCUAUUCUUAGCCGGAGUGCAGAAUGAUCUGAAGAAGGUUUAAUGGACAAACAACUUUGUGUGAUGAUCUUGAUCUUAUAUGAAGUCUCUGAAUGUAUAUAUGGAAGCAUUGUACAAUCGGACCCAGUUUUAUCAGUUCAAGAGGGAGAUACUGUGAUACUGUCUUGCUUCAUUCCAAAACAACAUGUUAGCAUGGCAAUGUGGUACAAGCAAGUCAUUGGUGAAGAACCAUGUGCAAUUGCAUCCUCGCUUCACUAUUCAUCAAAAAGUACAUUUUACAAUGAAUUUGACAACAAUCAUUUUGAUGCAUCAAGAGGGACUGACAGUUUUAAUCUGACAAUUAUAAAGACUGUACAAUCAGAUUUAGCCACAUACUAUUGUGCUAUCUCUUUCUCUAACAUCAUUACAUUUGGAAAUGGAACUCAUUUGGUCAUUAAAGGGGCUGAAAUGACCAAACUAACUACUCUACAGCCGCUCAUGAUUGAACCUACUGAGUCAGAGGCUAAUGUUCCUCUACAAUGUUCAAUCCAAAAAAAGAUACUGGCUGGUGGAGAUGAGCGUCUCUACUGGUUCAAACAUGACUCUGGAGAAUCUUAUCCAGGAACCAUUUAUAUUCAUGGAAACACAAGUGAUCCAUGUGUGAGGAACUCUGAAGCUGACUGUCUUUCACGGAACUGUUUGUACAACCUCCCGAAGGAGAACUUCAGUCCGUCUGAUGCUGGAAUUUACUAUUGUGCACUGGCCACAUGUGGGGAAGUUUUAUUUGGAAACAUUUCUAAAGUUACUGAGAACAACUCUAAGAGCCAGAACAUACAAUUGUUCAUUCUUGUCGCACUUGCAUUAGUGCUGAUAAUAAGCUUUACCAUCAAUAUUCUAAUCUGCUGCAAGAGGAGAAAUGGUAGCAAAUCUCAGCAUAUACAGGCUACUGAUGAUGAUGAUGCAUUUAUAAGAAUUAAUCUGGUAGCAUGUAUCAACAAAUCCAUACUGUUGAUACUGAUGAUGUGUCAACAAUUCAGUAAUUUUGCUGCCUUCACCAACAAACUCUCAGGUGUGAAGAAGAAGAUCAGCAUUUAG